CCGCUUCCGCUUCCGCUGCCCUUGCUGCCGGCAGGAGGUGAAGGGACCAAGAACCGCGAUGUGGCGGAAUCUGCUGAGUCUUCGCCAAGUUUCCCAGAGGACCAUAAGCACUGCUUCGCGCAGGCUGCUGGAGAACAGAGUUCCUGAGAAGCAGAAGCUGUUCCAGGAGGAUAAUGGCCUCCCCGUGUAUCUUAAAGGUGGGAUCAUGGAUGGUCUGUUGUACAGAGUCACCAUGGGUUUGACAGUUUUUGGAACAGGCUAUGUUCUUUAUGAACUGAUGAUGGCUUCAAUGCCCAAGAAGCAGAAAUGACUCCAAGAUGCCCUAGUGACUAGCAUCUCUUCGUCCAAUUCCACAUGACCAUGAUGGCAGCUUAUAGUUACUAUAAGCCUCUGGCUUAAUGCUUGAAAUCCUAAUUUAAUUGUAACAUGUUAACUGCAAUCAAUAAAGCAGUUUGUAUGUUGCUUUAAGGUGGUUUGGACUAUAUCAUAUAUUCUCCAUUAGAGUGCAUUUUACUUUUGGAGUGUGUGCAGUGAGUUAUCAAUAUGCAGAUCUCUUAAUUGUAUGAAUGUUUGUUUGUUUUCCAGUGUAGUUUAUGUUGGUACUUCAAAGAUGAGUUAAAUACCCUGAAUCCUAAGAAAGUGAUACCUCCUCUUUGUUACAGAAAUUCUGUCUUGCUUUAGCUGAGCAAAUUUAUAUUGAAAUACAUAAUCAGAAUUAGACUAAAUCACAAAACCUACACGGAAGUGAAUGUUGAGAAUUUGGUAAUUCUGCAUUGUUGCUGUCAGCUCCAGUUGUUGGAAGAUCGCCUGAGGAUACCCAAUAGUAAUUUCUACUUGUUGUCAUGUACUUAGGAAUAACUUGUAUCUGAAGUAGGUAAUGCUGUUACUGAGAAUGCCUGCUAUAUAAAAGCUGCCUCUAGGAAGCAUCUAUUAAAUUGGUGGAUGACAUGAGAAUCAUU